AUGAAGGCCUGGUACGCAAAAGAAGCUGCUGUUAGGAAUAGCAGAGGCACUGAUGAAGAAAGUUACAAGCUAUUAGCUACAUAUAUGUAUUUGUUGGAGCGAGGGAAUCCUGGGACUGUCUACAAAUUGGAGCAUACAUAUGCACAAGAUGGGAGCAAGAAGUUCAAAUACUUGUUUUUUGCACUCGGUGCAAGCAUUGCAGGAAUAAAGCAUUGCAGGAAGGUUAUACUUGUUGAUGGUACAACUAUCAAAUCGAAGUUCAAAGGGGUCCUCAUAGCGGCGAGCAUGCAGGAUGCAAACUUUCAAGUUUACCCCAUAGCAUUUGGGGUUGUCGACUCUGAGAAUGAACUAGCAUGGACUUGGUAUUUUAGGAAGCUUAGUUUGCUUGUACCAGAUGCUGCUGACUUGGUAAUUGUUUUUGAUCGACACAGGGCUAUCUAUUCUGGAAUUGCUCAGGCAAAGGCCUAUCAGCAUUUCAAGGACUCGUUUGAUGAAAUCGUUGCCAGAAGCACCCGGUGCAUUGAGUAUCUCAAUGGAAUUCCACUUCCACAUUGGACUCAAGCUUUUUGUACAGCGAAGCGGUAUAAUAUCAUGAGCAGUAACGUAGCUGAAGCUUUGAAUAGUGCAAUUGCGAAGAUUGUGGAGCUACCAAUCGUGACGAUGGUUGAGUCAAUCAUGACGAAGCUGAUGCAGUGGUUCUGCAUUAGACGAGCGAAGGCGAAGAAAAUGCUUACCCUUCCUAAGCCAAUAUGUCCAAAUGUGAAUAAAUUGAUGCUUCGCAAGCUUGUCGAAUCUGCUGGUUUGGCAAAGCUGCUGAUUCCGUGUUCUCAUGCCCUGGCUGCCGCAAGGGUAAAUGGUGUGUACGUUCCUUCCCUAGUAGGGAAAAUGUACCAUGUAACUGUUUUUGGUGACACUUAUGCGGAGCUAAUAUAUCAUGUCCCUAAUCAAGGCGACGAAGAUGUCCCUGUAAUUGUGUUGGAGAAUGAAUUCAACCCUCCUACGAACCCACCAGGUCCAGGACGCAGAAGGAAAAGAAGAAUUUCGUCAACCGGAGAACAUGUGGGGAAUAAAAGGAAGAGAACUGCAGCACAUAAGUGUUCUACAUGUGGUCAACCAGACCAUAAUAGAGCGACAUGCAAAAACGUGAUUGGAUAA